GGGGAGGAAGGCGGUGCUGGAGGAGGGAGGAGGCGGAUGGGCCCGGAGGCGCCGCUAUGUCACAGCCGCCGCCGCCGCCGCCGCCGGGCUGUGUGAGGAGGGGCCGAGUGCCGGUGGAUACGCUCCGCUCGUGGUGGGAGGUACCCGCCAUCGCGCACUUCUGCUCUCUGUUCAGGGCCGCCUUCCUGCUGCCGGACUUCGAGAUCGAGGAAUUUGAAGAUGCGCUGCUAGUCGAUAACUGGGAUUUCUUAGAGGAAUUGAUAUCUAAACUGCUUCGAGGAUGUUAUCAACGAAAAGAUAUUUGCAUUGAGAAUUUCCACGUGUACCUCGAGGACAUAAUCCGGCAUCGCUGGGAGCUUGAGGAGGGGAAGGAAAACCCACUGCAGGGAAUACAUUUUCGGGCUCUUUCGUCGCGUGUAAUCGUAGAAAUGCUGCACACACUCUGCGAUUAUCGUCUGGAUGCUACUGAUGUAUUUGACCUUCUAAAGGGGCUGGAAGCAGACAGUUUACGAGUGGAGGCUCUUGGAGAGGACAGCAGUGGCAACUUAUACUGGUAUUUCUAUGGCACCCGACUCUACAGAGAGGAGCUUCCACCACCAAAAGAGAAGGCUGUGAAGAAUGACAAAAAGAAAGGAAUGAAACUUAAGGAAGCAGGAAAAACGAAAAAGUCCAGAGUCUUGCAUAAAAAUAUUAGAGCAAAGAGAAAAGCCAAGAACCAAAAGAAACGGAAACCUCUUUGUAGUUUAUCUAAAACAAGUGGUAGAGCUGUGCGAGUCGAAAAAGUAGAAGCCUUUUCUAAAGCAAGGAGCCUACAGAGGGGAAGUGGUGCUGCAGGGAACAAUGUUUCUCCAAUGAAAGUAUGCCCGGAAGAAAGGGGUUCUUGGUCUCUUGUCUGUCAUACUAUUGAAGAGUGGCAGAGCCUAGCGGAUGGGUUUAGUAACAGCCAGUGCUGCAAAGAACGAAAGCUAUACAAAAUUCUGUGUGACAACUUCAUCCCAGAGAUCAGCAAUUUGAUUGCACAGAAGGACAGACAACUGCACAAGAGGCUGGUAGACAUUGCUCCAAGGAGAGCCUCUGAUCGGCUGUUCGUGAAGCGGGUUCAUCAGGCAGAAAUGGAAAGGCAGACUAUUCUUUCCAGACUGGGGGGAAGCAAAAUGGCCAGCAGGUACUACUUUCAAGCACAGCAGAUGUUUACCGUACAGGAAAUCAAACAACUGGAGGAAGAAGGAAGAAUUCUUGCUAGAGAAGAACGGGCAAGGCGUCGUCAACUACGAGAGGAAAGAGCAACCGUGAUGCCCAGUCUGAGAGAUCACCCAAAGAGGAAGCAUAUUCCAAAGGCCCAUUCUCCAGUUACUCUAGAGGAAGCUGAUGAUGAGAAGCCUCAAGUGCAUUACACAGAUGAUGAAGAAUACGUUUCCAUGUAUAAAGUGUUGGAUACUGUGAAAGCUCACAAGGAUGCUUGGCCCUUUCUUGAACCAGUGGCCGAAUCCUACGCCCCGGAUUAUCAUAAGAUCAUUAAGGAACCGAUGGAUCUGUCAACUAUUGAGAGAAUGCUAAAUGCGAAGCAGUACAACAGCAAAUGGACCUUUAUAUCAGAUUUUAAGCUGAUGUUUGAGAACUGUGAAAAGUACAAUGGAAGAGGAAAUGAAUACACCCUGAUGGCCAGAACUGUAGAAAGAUGUUUUAACAAAGCAGUAGUGAAGUAUUUCCCCCCAGACGAAGCGGAGAGUGAUGGGGACUACCAAAGUGAAACCAUUUGGAACAAGAAAGAGAAGCACAAGAGUAAAGCCAGUUACGUGGCUAAUGAGGAAGUGGAAACUCCGCUGAAAGCACCAGAUCAGCCCCUAGAAACGCCGCAAAUCAAUGGUUUUGUUGACAGUCAUUCAGCCAGUGAUUUUCCUCAAACGGUUGCUGAGCCAGUCAAAGAGGAAGAGGCUUCUGAACCGCAGCCUUGUGAAAAGCUAUUGUCACCUCCUCAAAAACAAACUGUGAACGAGAAGCAACCUUCAGCCAAUGGGUUCGGUGAGUCCCAUCGAAGUUCUGAAGUGAUCCAUCAAUCUCGGACUUAUACUCCUGGACGAGCUGUAAUGGAGCCAAUACGGAAGCGAUUUCAGCAGCAAUACAGAAUGCAGCAACAAAUGUUACUGAAUGGACCUCCAUCACCUGGAUCAGUAGGAGUGAAUUCCUCAAGCAGACAAGCAGCCAGUGUCCCCGACAACUCUCUCAGCCAUGAACCAGACUCGCCUAACACUGCUACGUCUGUUUCUAUUGAUUCUCAAGGACCAGUACAUUCCCCAAUCUGUUGGUCAAAUCGACCCUCGGACUCUGGUCUCCCACAGACCAGGGAAGGCACGACCAGUUCUCAGUCGGGUCCAAAUCCAAGCCAACAAGGUACGACUCAAACAGCUCCACCGAGUGGUGAUUCUCAGGCCACAGAUUUAAGUCAAACUCAAGGACCCAAAUGGCCGGGAUAUUUGUGCCAUUCCAUUCAUCCUCCUCAGCGACAACCACCGCUGGGAAAGCCCAAUCCUGUGUUAACUCAGGGAGUGUUAAUGGAACAUACAGGACCUGCUUUCCACAAUGAACUGUCGGCAAAACCGGUGGCCGGCAACUCUGUAACUCCGUCUCCAAGCCCCGACACAACCCAGACUCACCCCUACACUUGUGGACCUUCCCUGGGAUACAGAGGACAAUAUCCGAGUCAGGAUCAUGUGCAAAAUGUACCUGACCCAUUUCAAGUUUCCCACAGACCUGUUGGGCAGAUGUCUAAGAGACCACACGUUGAAGGGAAAGCUCUCGAGGAUUCAUACAGCACUGCACUUUCCACUGUUCAACAGCAACGUCAUUUGGUGAAGGAGGAGGAGGAGAAGCCUGCUCCUAAUAAAAUCCCACAGAUGGGCUCGUCAGCAACGAGUUCACAUCCACGAGGCACUAUGGGCAAACGUGUAGAAGCUGAAAGACUGGAUGAAACUGUAGCACUUAGAAAGGAUCCAGAAUUCUUAAACCAUGACACAAAGGAAUUUAAAGAUUGCACAUCAAGGAACAGAACUGAUUCAUUGCUAUUUAGUAAAAAAGUCGAAGAUCUUAUGAAAAAAUACCCUUCCUCUGGCAAACAAUCUGAGCCCAACCGAGCAGAAAUUGAGCUAAAGAAGAAAACUCUUCAUCAGGUAACGGAGAGACCCAAGUCAGUGUCCAAGAAAUAUGAAUCUGUACACGUGCAAAAAACUGAACUGGACUUGAGUACUACUAGAAAGCGUAACGUAAAAGAUCGUAAAGCAGAUGACAAUAUGGUAUUAAAAUUACCCAGCACAAGCAAUGCAGAAACUCUUAGUCAAAAUCUGCUGAAUGGUGGUUGUCAAAUUGCCAGCAGUGUUCAGCACCGAGCCCCAGCUGUGCUUCUACGACACCCUCAAGAAAGACCUCAGUUUGGGCCACUGUCAGCGUACUCGCACUAUCUUGGCUGUAAUCCAGAUACCAUGCAGUCAGCUCAUCCAUUUGUUCAACACGCUCCCCAUCUUAUGAUCGUCCAUCCAAUGCAGGAACAGGCCUCUCGUUUUUAUCAGCAUCCACAACAGCAGCAGAUGCCUGCUCAAAUGAACAAUCUUAGCUAUUGUCCACAAGAGACGAUUCAGUCGUCUGUAUUGCCUGAUCGUGCGUAUCUUGCGGGGCAGCCCCAUAUUUACAGCCACUCCCCACUGAUGUUCUUGAGAGAAUGCAGUGGACAAUUGCAGAGAAGUGUCCAAGACCGUAUCGAAGCCGCCUCCGAACAGCUAAUGCCAGAGAGAGAUCAAUGCAAAUCUGUCCAAGAAGCUCUAGCCAGAAAACGUAAACACGAGGCAGAGGAGAGGAACCUUGUUUCAAAGUUGGAGAGCAACGGCGAAAUAGCUCAUAAACAAAGCAGGCCCGACCACUUUGAUCUCGACAGCCACAACGCAGCGCAGAGACAAAGGGUUAUUCGCGUAGCUUCUCCUGCUUACGACGUGAGUCAAAUCACAGGUGGAAUUUAUUCACAGCCUCAAAUUCCUCAUCCUGCACUUUAUGCUAAUGCUCCAACCCACACUGCACAGAGGCUGCCUUACAGUCAGCCUUACAAUCCACAAUUGCUUCGUGUGCAUUCGGUGAUCACUUCAACCUCCAACCACAUGGGACCCCAUCAAGUGAUGAAUCCUGUCCAAAUGCAAUUACUCAAUCAAUCAGAUACAAAGCCCAGCCCUUAUCCCGGUGCUGUGAUAAUACAGAGACCACAGUUCAGCUCAAGUGGGGAUCUGUACAUGGUGAGAAGUCUGCUGCCCGAUUAUCCAGUGCUCAAACACACAGGUAGAAUGGACAGAGACACCAUUCCACAGCCACAAGAGAAAGCAGCAUCCUCUCUCUGUAUGAACCAGCCUUGAAUCGAUUCAAUCUACAUCCGGGCACCACCAAUGGACACGGCUCAGGAAAUAGUUUUGAAGCACUGCAAAGACUGGUUGUAUUCCAGCUGGUCAUCUGUGAAUUAUAGCUGAGGCCCAUUUCUAUAGAGGAAGUUUAAACUCAGGUUUAGAAAGUGUGAAUAGAAAAUUUUCAAUAAUAAUAAUAAGACUUUGAAAUAAAGUUUAACAGUUUGUUAUACAUUUAUUUUGACCAGAAUUUUUUUUUAAUUCUGCCUUAAAAGAGAGGAUGUAAAUUGUGAAUAUGAAUAUAUAUAUAUAUAUAUAAUGGUUCCAUCACCUUGCUGCAAAUGUGGAAAAAUCAUAACGGAAGAAAAAUGAGAACUCGUAAUUUAUUAAGUUUCGUGCUUUCUGUUCCGACUAUUAAAGGAAUGGCAGCCACAACACAAAUGGGAGUGGGUGGGGGGGGAGUUUUAACCGCACGGUUACUUUGGCAAACAGCUGCUAAACUGUGACAUUUUACACUUUACUCGUGUUUACUUAGCAUAUAGAUUCAGGAAAGGUUUACAGUUAGAGUUCUAGUUAUUGUAUAUUACCUUAUCUGCUUUUUUUGUGGGAAAAAAAGCUUUUGGAAUGCUUUUGCAGAGCAAACCUUUUGAAAAGGUGGCCUUUCUCGAUUUACCUAGAUAGAUAGGAUUAUUAAUGGAUUGUAGAGGUAUAUGAAUUAUAUUUUGUUAUUUAUGUAUUAAAUGUUUUUAAAAUUUAAAAAAAGAGUUUAUCUGAGGAGUACACACAGAGCUAAUGUCAAAAAAGGAUGUUUUGUAAGUAUUUGUGUUGGAGCACUGCUGUCUGUCUCUGUACCAGCUGCACUGUGUUAAACUGGCUCUUCUCAGGAAUAAAUAAAACUAUUUGUCUAUC